AUGAUAAAAAGCAACCAAGGAUGGCAACAGAUGCCGACACAAUACCUGACAAGAAAGGCACGCUCGGCUACUGUGAACCAAGCUCCAGAGGAGGUAAAUGUUACAGGACCAGCACCCACACCAGCACCAAGACCAGCUCCAACAAAAGGACCAGCACCAACACCACGACCAGAACCAGCUCCAGGACCAACACCAGGACCAGCUCCAACACCAGGACCAGCUCCUGCACCAACACUAGAACCAACACCAGGACCAGCUUCAACACCCGGACCAGCUCCUGCACCAACACUAGCACCAGCACCAACACCAGGACCAAAACCAGUUCCAGCACCAACACCAGCACCAACACCAGGACCAACUCCAGCACCAGGACCAGCUCCACAGUCAGCAUCAGUUACAGGACCAGGGCAGAUGAACAUCGAACAACGCAAGGCUACGCACGAGAUGUUAGAUGAAAGUAUCGACGAAAUCCCAUUACGUAUCCCCGCACGUGUAUACAUUCAAACUCCCAAACGUCGUAAACUUAACUUCUGCAAAUUUGAAAAUGACCCGAAGAAUGUGUCAAAAUCGCAAAUUAUCUCGCUGACAAACCUUCUCAGGACUGUGAACCUUUAG